GAAAAUCUCCACAAGAAGCAAGGGUACAGGGCUCCUUCUGGUGCCUCCAGUCCUGGUGGCCAAGGGCAGAAGGAGCCAGUAGCAGCUACCACGAGUGAUGUCCCACGCUUCAGGCCCUGGGCCCUGUUGGCUGCUCCUGACCUUGGGAAUGGGCUUCGUGUCAGGGUCUGGGUGCCCCACUUCCUGCCAAUGCCAGACACAGGAAGUCAUUUGCUUGGGGGCUGGACUGAGCGAGUACCCCCGUGACCUGCCCCUGAGCACCCGCUGGUUGACUCUGGCCCACAACUCGCUGACAUUUCUGCCAGCACUGGACCUGGGGCUGCUCAGUGACCUGGUCUCCCUGGACUGUUCACAUAACCGUCUCCGAGAGGUGCUGGACUACACCUUUGUAGGGGUCUCACGCCUGCUGUACCUGGACCUCAGCUGCAAUGUACUAGCAGUCGUGGCACCUGGGGCCUUCUCCCCACUGGCUGGCCUGCUGCAACUCAACCUCUCGCACAACCUACAGCUGCGGGCACUGCCCCGCCUGGCCUUCGCCAAUGCCAGUGCCCUACAACUGCUUGACCUGCGCCACACGGGCCUACACAGCCUGGAUCAUGCUGCUCUUAGUGGCCUUCCAACCCUGCGCACCCUCUACCUUAGUGGGAACCCAUGGAGGUGCAACUGCUCCCUGCUGGACUUUACCAUCUACCUGCUGGGGGCACACCUCAGCCACCCAGAUGCUCAGGAAGCCACUUGUGCGGAGCCUGCUGAGCUGGUUGGCUGGCCCCUGGCGCAGGCUGGGCACCCGCUGCGGUACAUGUGCCUCACACACCUGGACGUGCAGGACUACCUUUUCCUACUCUUCAUUGGCUUCUGCAUCUUCGCAGGCGGCACCGUGGCAGCCUGGCUGACGGGCAUGUGUGCAGUGCUCUCUCAGACAGCAAGGCGCAGGGCGGAGGACACCGAGGACGAGGAUGAGCACGGCCAGCACUUGCAGGGAGCGGGCCGAGUGCUCCACAGCCGGGUGCAGGCUGGCCAGGACGGCUUCCCGCAGCUCGUCUAG